CUCAGGAUGACUGGGAGUGACGCAGGGCGGACGGAAAAAACCGGGGCUUGAGGGAAAGGAAAGGGAGAACAGGCGGUGAUGCAGGAAGGACUGUAGCUUCGAUUUCACAGGUUCAAGCCCGAUGCACGGCCUGCCUGCCUGCACAGAGGACAUGAGAGUCACCUAUAUGCAGGCUUUCCUGUGACAGAUAAUAAGGAAUUAUCACCUCAGUUUGGACACACUCGCAGGUAACAUUGGUCCCCGUUUCUGCACAUGGGGAAGUAGCCUAGUCAUUCCAUUUUCUUACUGAACACCAAGUUCUAAGUCGCAUUCAGUGGGAGGAUAUUUGGAGCCCUCUCUCCGUCAUUUUAACAACAUUUCUCCACCAUGAACUACCUACGCCGUCGACUCUCGGACAGCAAUUUCAUGUCCAACCUGCCUAAUGGCUACAUGACCGAUCUCCAACGCCCCGACCCGCCGCAGCAAAGCCCUGCAGUGUCGCCGGGGCCGUCGGAGAGGCGCCAGUCCACCAGCCAGCAGCAGCAGCAGCCGCAGCAGCAGCAGCAGCAGCAGUCGGGAGGUGGAGGCUCUGGGUUCUUCUCGUCCAUAUCCAAUGCUGUCAAACAGACCACCGCCGCUGCGGCUGCGACCUUAUCCGAGGCAGCGGACCGGGCAGGCGUCUCCAGCAGUGCCAAGAUCCUCCUGGUUAUCGAUGACCAGCAGACCGACUGGGUGAAGGUCUUCAGAGGAAGAAAGAUCCACGGUGAAUUUGACAUCAAGGUUGAACAGGCAGAAUUUUCUGAAAUCAACCUGGUGGCAAACGCCACAGGCUCCUACAAUGUGGACCUUGACGCGAUCAGGAAUGGACAUAAGGUUACUAAAACCUUUAAGCCAGACUUUGUGCUGAUCAGACAACAUGCCUUCAGCAUGGACAAGAAUGGAGACCACCGCAACUUAGUGAUUGGACUGCAGUAUGCUGGACUGCCAAGUGUUAACUCUUUGCACUCUGUCUACAAUUUCUGUGACAAACCAUGGGUGUUUGCUCAGAUGUCUAGACUCUACAAGCAACUGGGCCCGGAGGAGUUCCCACUGAUUGAGCAGGUUUACUAUCCAAACCACAAGGAGAUGAUUACCUCCCCUCGGUUCCCUGUAGUGAUAAAGAUGGGCCAUGCUCACUCAGGAAUGGGAAAGGUGAAAGUGGACAAUCAAUAUGAUUUUCAAGAUAUUGCCAGUGUUGUGGCACUGACCAAGACUUACGCCACAUCUGAGCCUUUUAUUGAUGCAAAAUAUGAUGUCCGCAUCCAGAAGAUUGGUAACAAUUACAAAGCUUACAUGAGAACGUCAAUUUCUGGCAACUGGAAAACCAACACUGGCUCAUCUAUGCUUGAGCAGGUCGCCAUGUCAGACAAGUACAGAAUGUGGGUGGACUCUUGUGCUGACAUCUUUGGAGGGCUGGAUAUCUGUGCUGUGGAGGCUCUACAUGGCAAAGAUGGCAAGGACUACAUAAUAGAGGUUGAUGACUGUUCGAUGCCACUGAUUGGAGACCAGCAGGACGAGGAUCGUGUACAGAUUGCAGAACUGGUGAUCUCUAAGAUGAACCAGACUGUUCCACGCACUUCAAGCUCUUCCAUAGUCCGUGCCGCAUCAGGACAGCCAGCACAGAAAGCAAUGUCUCCUCAGCCUGUCUCUCAGCCAAAAGUACCACAGGCUCAACAGCGCCCCUCACCUCAAGGUGGUCCUCAGCAAAGUCCCCCAUCUCAGCAACGUCCGCAGCCUCAAGGCCAACCUCCUGCACAGGCUCAGCAGUCUGCUCCCAGCCCUGCUACAGCCGACCCCAGUGCCCAGGCUAAGGCUAGCCAAGGACCUGCAGCCCAGCCAAGACCACCAGGUCAGGGAGCUCCUCCAGGCCAGAGACCUCCUUCUGGUCAGGGCUCUCCUCAGCGAGGUUCCCCUCAAGCUCAGAGGCAAUCGUCUGUCUCCCAGCAGCAAAAAACAUCUGCAGGAGGCCCUGGCCAGAAACCUCCAGGGGGCCAACCCCAGCAACAGAGGCCUACCCAGCCCCCUAGACAGCAGUCACAGGGGGGGCCACAGCAACAGAGGCCUCCUGGCCAGCAAGGUCGUCCUGGAGCGCCCACCACCCAGCAGCCCCGACCUGUUGCUCAGGGCCAGGGGGGCCCAGGAGGACGACCCCCACUGCAGCAAAAGCCUCAGCCCCCACAGAAGCCCAGUCAGGACAACACGGCUAUGGGCGGCUCUCCACAACUAAACAAGUCCCAGUCUCUUACCAAUACCUUCAACAUUCCAGAAACCCCAGCGCCACGAGCCAGCCUUAGCCAGGAUGAGGUGAAGGCAGAAACCAUACGCAAUCUACGCAAAUCUUUUGCCAGUCUCUUCUCAGACUGAGACGGCAUAAGACCCUCCCACACCUCCUCCUACUGACAGAAAGCUGGACAGGCAAACUGAAGGACAGUUCCUUCUUCCCCCAACGAACAAGGACCAACAGGAUGCCGUCUCCAAUUCAUGUACAUUGACCCUGAUGUGAAAAUGUACACACCUGACACCCACUGCCUAAAUAGUUAAAAUCUUUUCAAAUGAACACAUAGUAGAAUACACAGUAAAUUUAGGCUCUAAUGUCUGAAACAUUCCUUGCCUCGCCUUGAGCUUAAGUAAGUCACCUACUCAUCGUGUCACACAAACUGAGUGCACAUGCCUGCUCACACACACACACACACACACAAACGCACACACACAAACACAUACACACAAACACAUGCACACACACAAAAGCCUGUAUAUGCAUGAGCACACACACGAAAAUAAGAAACAAAACAACACAAUACUGCUCCCACUUGUUUGUUGGUGCCGUAAAGUCAAUGUGAGCUUUAUGUUCAAAUUUCGGUUGGCUUGCCAACCAACCAAAUGAAUUAAGGGACUGUACGGAAAUUAUUAGGGUGGGGAGGGGUGCUGAAUCUUAUAUUUCAUGUUGUAAAAAAGCAAGGCCCUCCCCAGUUUCAUUCAAUAACUCAAAUAAUAUAUUUAUAACAAAUAGAAUAAAAUAGUGAAAAAAUAGCCACUCUCUAUUUUUGAAUAAAGACCUGAUAAAUAAACUGUUUAUAGCCACAAAAUGGAACAAGCUACAACAAUGUGCUGAAGGGCUUCUGCACUGCAAUAUUUUCCCCCACCCGACCAAAUCUGCUGCAUACAGUUAAAUGCACUUCCAUGGCACAUAUGAUAACCAUCUUUUUGAUGUAACUAUACAACUCCUUUUUGUAUAAAUAAUCAUACAAAUAUAAAAUACGUAAUAAAAUGGUAAUAUGGAGUCAUAAAACCAUCCUCUGCUCUUCCAAAAAAAGUUAGACUACCUUCCCUUUGGCAAAAAUAAAAAUGACAAUACCCUCCCCCUUUUCUGACGUUCUCCACCCCUAAUAGUUUUUGUACAGUCCCUAACUCAGCACAGCUGCACACAUAGGCUGUCCAGUGUUAGCUAAUGCUAGAUCUGUACGAGCUGUUGACCGCUCAUGGUGAUGUCUUAGCUGCAUGUCAACAGGAGGCAGUGGUUGCAUUUUCCUUCCCCUGACAUUGGUGCUUGUAACUGUGUCGUCACAUGUAGUUGAAUUAGUUCGUAAAGUAGCCUAGUAGGUGUUGUGCGUAUGUUGUUGCUGCCACUUCUUCCUGUGUUUUUUUUUUAAUUUAUUUAUUUUUUUCGCACAAGAACAAAAGCCCAAAAGCUCUCCACCUUCAAAGCAUGCCUUACACAGACAAGAACGUCAGAUCAAAUGGAGCUGUCUCAGGGAUGUCCAAUUGAUUGUGACACUUGUGUGUGGGUGAGGGUCUUCCAUUGCAGUUUUUAUUGUGGUUGUUUACCAAUAAUGAAGGAAAAGCAUGCAUCUUAAUGAGGUAGAAUGUUUUUAUUAUUUCGAAUGCAUUUGCACACAGAGUAUACUGCAACAUUAUACUUGAAUACAGUGACACAGACUGAUGUAUGAAGUCUAUAUUUUCAGGUUUAGUCAUCUGCCACUCGACAAAGCAACAACUCACUGUUCCCACUCUGGGUUGCUGUCGUGUCUGUGGCCGGUGCGGUAUAGUAGGAUACAGCAUAGGCAGGGUUGGCAACUGUUCAGGUACAUUUAAUGAAAAAUUAGAUUAUUUACAGUUUCAUUUCAUAUUCCCUAAUUAGAAAAAACCUAUGACUGCAAUCCAACCAUUGAAUUUAGUGAAUGCUCAGUACAUUAGUGGAUUACUUCAGUUUGAUUUUAGGGUUUAACAGUUAGUCAGUGCGUUGCGAUGUUGCACUCAAGUAACUCCCACCCUGAAUUGGUGCAGCAGAGUUUCUGCUUCCAUUAAUACCCCUCUGUUCUCAUCGGCUUCAUUGUCUGAGGCCAUACUCCAAAGCAUAUACAGCCAAGGAAUGUUACAUAUUUGCAGUUCAUCUCUAUACAGAAAAAUAAUGUAAAGGUGUAGGAAUGUCAACUAUGGGAUACACCUCUGCAGCAGAUUUAGCACUUCCUGUCAUCCCUUCUUCGCACUGACAACGCUUUUCUUUUGAUCCCUACUCUGAAGAUUUUUAUCACCAGGCACUGAAAAUGUCUUCCAGAAGGAAUGAUUUCCAUUCGAAUGUCAAUGUAGUAUGGCAAUAUCAAGCUUUUUAGAGAAGACCCAAUAGCCAAAAGAAUAGAGGAGUCCUGGUUCCCCUGCAGAUUGUCCACGCUGCCUGUGUUUAUCAGCCUAUUUGUGUAGCCACAGUGACCCCUUGUGCUCAAUGGUGCAUAAAUGUGUGAAUGUUGUUCUGUAACUGGUGAAACCAAAUAGAUGUGUUGUACAGAGCUCUGAGUGAUGCAGAUUGUGACCUUUAUCCCCUGCUGCUAUUUGUGCUUGUUGAUAUGUGUCUCUAAAGUUUUUAGCAUUUAUUUUGAAAAUCUGUGCACUUUGAUUUCAAUUACCUUGUACAUGCUUCUAUGAGGCAAGACUAUGUGGGACUCGUAAGUUUAUGCAUUAGUGGUUUAGGGCUUUAUUUUGAAAUUUUACUGCGACUCAGUGUCAGUACAUGAUUGUCAGAGUUGUCGUGGCACAGCCUACUGCCAGGAGAAUCAUUAAGAGCAGCCUUGUGUAAUUGUUACACUGAGUGUGCAAUUUAUGAAAAUGAGCCAUUAUAACUAGCAUGGAUGGUUAACUUUGAAAAAUGUCAUUCUGUCACUCAGAGGCAUCUUGGCCAUAUUGAGACAUACUAUUUGCCGUGGCACCUCCUGAGACUGACAAGAUGAGCUGUGACAGCCAUGCAGAGGAGUAGUUUAUUGUAUUUAUGUUUUUGAUAUUCACAGAUGUUUUCUUUUCAAACGUUUACAUUAUUUAUGGUGGAAAUAUUUGACUGUGAAUGUAAUUUUCGUUUUGUUACAGCUAGUUUUAUUGUUUUCUAAAUGCAUUGUAUAAUCAUUGUGAAAAGAUGAAAUCCUUACAAAUUUGAACUGAUUGUCAGUCGAUGCCUGCCAGAGUUAAAAAUCAUAAAUGUAAGUGCAAAAAUCAAAAAGAUGAGGUUUUUGUUAAUCAAAAAAGAUACUGCAUAAUGUAAAUCAUGGUGGAUUAUUGAAUUAAAUGUAAAAAAAAAUAUUUGAUGUUAUAUGCAAUGUAGCUAUAUUAUGUGAAAAUAAGUAUGUUCUUAAAACAUGCAUAUGUCUAAUAAAGUCUAUCAACAAUGA